AUGACUCGCUUCAAUAUUAAGGGCAAAACCUAGGGGAAAUCAGCAGUUCCUUCUUCUGCUGGAGUUAAAAAUAACGUAGUUGUUAGUGGAUCCCAUGGCACAAAAAAGUUCAGUAAAUCCUAGCCAGAGACAGUCAACAAAAUCACCUAGCUAAGAGAGAAGUCUCUCAAGAGAGACAAAUGGAAUUUAUUUCAGUCCCUCAUACCCUCCUCAGUUUACUCUAUCAGGUUAUUCUAUUUGACCUAAUUCCUAUUCGAUAUCAUGAUAGUUGGCUACGAUCAGUGCGCAAUUUAAGGAUGCUUCAUGAUCAGAUGCUUUGUUUGUUUAAUUACAAUGGCAUCCCUAUUCUCAACCACUAAGUAUGCUAAAAGAUACCAACCCAAGCACCGAUAACUUCUUAUGAUGACAUUGCCCUUAUAUUGGACACUGAGAGUAGUUGACUUUUAAGAUGGUUCAUAUGACCUCAUUGUAGGGUUUAUAUUUUACUUGCCAACAUUCCUGAUGAGUCUCUUUAUUAUAUCGGAUUGGAUAGAAUAUUUCUUUUUUUCAGCUAUUGUGACUAUUAUCGUACCUGUCGUCUAUUUUUACACUUUUGACUUCAAAAAUGAGUUCUCAAUCUUGAAUUUCUACUUGACAGGCAUUAAAUGUUAAGUGUUCUAUGUUUUGUUGUUUACUCUCUUUGAAAAAGUGCGAAAAGAGCAGUUUGUUAUUUCUUAUACUAAUAGUCAAACCAAAAAAUUGCUUUUAAGUCUAUUUAAUUCAGCUCCAAAUCCAACUGUCGUUGUUUCAUAGGAUGGAUAGAUCUAAUUUUGUAAUCAAACAUUCGAAAAUAUGCUUUUGCAGCGACUUGGAAUUAAGACACUACCUUAAUCUAUAUAUAAAUUAACAUCCGAAGAUGAAGAGUCAACACACAAACUGAAAUCCUUAAUUAUGGAUAUCCUGAAACCUUAGGGCUCAAAUUUUGCUAUCAAUAGUACUAAUUAGAAUCUCAAGAACAGCGAAAAUUCAUUUUAUGGGGGGAAUUUAAACAGUGCUGCUAAUAAUGAAAAAACUUGCUAUAACUCUGGAAAUAAAAAAAUUGAGAUUAAAAUAUCUAAGUCAUUAAAAAAGCAAAGCGAAGGCAAAAAACACUAGCCAGAAAAGAAUAAAGAGGAAACAAAGAGCAAUUCUACAAUAUCUGAGCGAAAUUAGUUUUAAAAAGAUGUUUUUGAAAGAUUUGAGAUUGCUUCUAUUAUUGGUGAGCAAGUGAACUUUGUGUCAAAGAAAACAGUGAUGUUGACUUUUAAUCUAAUUUCUGAGCAAAAGGCAAAGAACAGAUUAAUUUACUUGCAUUCCUAGCUGAUGUUUAGAUUCCUUCAUCAAUUUAAUAAAAGACUACAGUAACUUAACUAGAGAGCAGUAAAUGAUGAAGACAUUAUGAAUAAUUCAUCCAUUGUUGAAUUUUUGGGUACUACAUACGUUGCUAUUAAUCAGGUUCAACAGAUGUAACAUGAGUUUUGGAGUAGAAGUGAAAAUUAUAAAAAUCUUGAUGAAAACUUUCUCCUAAGAGAUGAAAUAAUGUAGUGUGUAGAGAGUCUAUCUGUAAAAUGCUUGAAUGCAUCAACAACUUUGAAACUUGAUGCUAGUAAAAAUUUGCCUGAAAAGUUAAAAGGCGAUGUUUAAAGGUUCAGACUGGCUUUGCAAUCAGUAUCUGAGUUCUCAAUGAGAUAUUGUACUGAAGGCAACAUUGAGAUAGUCAUCAACUUUGAUGCUAUCACAACAGAUGGAAAUUUCUAACUUUCUUUUGAUUUUACAUUCAGCAAGAAUCUAUAAUACAACGAAGAACCCCUUGUAAACUUGCUGAAUAUUAUGUCCAAGAGUCAAAAUGCUUCUUAUGAAGAUAUUUUGCUUAAAAACUAUGAGGAAUUGUUCGAUUUGAUUUAAUAAUUUGGAAUAGGAAUGCUAAUAUUUCCAACUCUCAUAGCAUAAUUAGAGGGAAACUAUUCUAUUACUGUAAUUGACUCUGCAGAAGCGAUAGAAGAGAAUAAAUCGGGUGAUCUUUUCGGAGAAUAGGACUAAGCAAGACCAUUAUCUUAAGCAAAGCCUGGCAAAAUAAAGAUCCUCUUUAAACUUGCCUUUGCAAAUGGAGAGGUAUCCAAGAAGGUAAUGAGUCCUUAUACACCAAUUAAUAAGACUAAAUUUUCACAAGGAAAUACUUAUACUUAUAAAUCGCCAAAUUUAGUUGCAAGAGAAAAUAGAGAACAAGCAAAAAGUCAGAUGAGAAGAAUCAUGGGCUAAAAUAGAAGCCCACUAAUUGCAGGAAGAGGAAGCUCUGCUAAUGCUCCUUUAAUAAGAACAGAUUUUAGAGUUGACUCAAUUAAAUAGCAAAGUGAUAAUGAUUAAAGCAUAAACCUUUACAACAUUAUCCAUGUCCCAAGUGGUCAAAUAGAAAAUUUACAAACAAAUCAGGCUGAGAACUAAAGUUUUUCAAAUAUCUCAUUCUAGCAAUAGUAAUAGAAUAACGGUAGCUAAAAUAUGGGGAGUAGUUAGAAUAAAUAUAGAAAGAAUUCAGCUAUGGUUACGCCAGUUGAUAUGAAUAUUGUAAAGAAAGUUGAAACAAAACUUAAGAAUUUUGAGUAGAAGUAGAGCAACCCUGCCUAGGAAUUCUUUAAAUACUAAAACCAAAUUAUUCAUACCAACUCAGCAAAUCUUCUCAAUGAAAAGGAUUAGAUGUAACUAACAAACUCAAGAAAAAAUUCUUAAUAAAUCUUACCUUUAAAUGCAAUGCUUCAAAAGAAAGCCUCAGACUUGGCUCCUCUAGAAAAUCUAGAUACAGCUCAUCGUGUUUAGAGCUUGAAGUAUAUCGCUCAUCCAUAGUAAUUCUCUAAUUCAAGUCUGCAGCCUGCUCAUAACAUUGAUACUUAGAAUUCAAGCGUUUCUCAAAUGAAUCAAGGAAGUUAAGAUAAUAUUAAAGGAAAUAAGAAUCAAAAGAAAUCAACUUUCAUUAAGUUUGGGAAUUUAGAUGACGUUGCCUCGAUGUAAGAAGCUUCAAGCAAUAAGAAGGAAAAUGAGAUGAAUAGAAGAGAAAGAGACUAGUAACUAAUCAGAGCUACCUAGGAGGCAAUUUUAAUUCAUCAUAACCAAUAAAACAAUUAAAGCAGCAACAGCCUAAUGGGAAACAUAGUGCAUUCACACAGCAUGAAUGUUGCAACGAAUCAGCAGUAAAUGACUGGUGCCUUCAGUCUGAUAGACUCAAAUAAUAGGGGAAUAAAGCAAAAGAAUGGAAGUAAUCAUCAAUUAAAUAAGCAAAUAUUGGAGUAAAUUGAUGAAACUAAACAUGAAAAACAUGAAGAGGAGAAAAGAGUCAAGAAUAGAGACAAUUUUAUUGAUAGUUUUCUAUUAGAAAACUAGAGUCAGCCUGAAAGCAAUAAAUAAAAACACAAAUAAAAUCUCCAUAAUAUGAAUACAAACAACUAAACCAACAAUCAAGAGCUCUAAAACUUGGGAAAUAUUUCCAGAGUUAGCAGUAAAAGCUUUAAGGUUGCAAGAACAAUCAAUCCUCAGGAAAUAGAGAAGUAAGAUCCAUUUUCUCAUAUGAUCCAUAUCAAGCCACGCAGAGUCACUAACUAAAACCAAAUGUUGAGAUAAACAGAGUAAGAGAAUUAAAACUUUGAGAGUGAUGAUCUGAGAAAAGUGCUCUCAUUCGGUUAGGGAAUAUCAGGAAGGUAAAAUAAAAAGCAGAGAGCAGAUGAAAACGCCCAAAAUUUAUUUGUUUAGAACUAAAUACCAAGCAAUAGAAAUCAUCACAGUGACAAUGCACUUGCUUAGAACUUUUAGAAUAAUAGCCAACAUAAUCUACUUAGCUAAGAUGUUUCAAAUGUUAAAUCAAAGGAUCAUAUGUAAUAAUAGCCUCUCAAUUUUAUCUAGGAUCCUUGCUGCCUUCAGGAUAUUGAAUAUAUGUAAUAAGAUCAAUCUAACAUGCUCAGGUUUGGCGAGCAAUCCCCAAUAAUUCUGGAAACAGAUGGCUUAGAGAACUUUAACAGUGAGUAGAUAUCCGAGGAUGACACUAGUGAAAUACUCGCCUAGCUUUCAUAAUAAAUGCAAGAUGACUCAUACUUGAAAAAUAACUUAGAAGAGGAGAAGGUGCCAUACAACUUCCAUUAGUAGAACUAUAACGAUAACAGUUUUGAAUACGAAAACAUGAUGGGAAACAAUAAAAAUAAUCAAUCUCAGGAUGUCAGAGGUAGAAUGCUAAGCAAAGGAAAGAGAAAAGAAAAAUUCAAGCAUGAGCCACUCUCAAAGCACAUCCCCAAGGAUAUCCUAAAUACUAAUAAUACUUAUGGAGCUUCCAAGAAUCUUCUAUCAGCAGGAAGAUAACCAGAUAAAGAUUCUUAGUACUUUCAAAUCUAUCCAGAGAGAUAGAGCAAUAACAAUCCUCAAAUCUCUCUUGCUCAAGAUUCCUCUCCGGAUAAUCGCAGAUUCAUAACUCCUGAUUAAAGAGGCCACAACAGAUAGAGCUCAAUCAAUGAUGAGCAGCCUUGUUAGAAACCUGGCAAUGAAGAAAGACUGAGGAAUAGCAAGUAGGGGUAUGUUCUCGAGCCUGAGGAAUAUUUCCCCUACAGAAGGGGUUAAAAAACUUUGUAAUACUAGCACUAACUCAUGAAGCAGGAUUUCGAUAAUGAAUGGGAAAAGCUAUACCAGUUUUAUCAGCCAAACUUAGGUGAUGGGUCCUUCAUUCCUCCUGGCGCUAGCGAUAUUAAUGAUAAGAUUAAGACCUUCGUAGACAAUAAGAGAUAUGUUCUUGUAGCUGAGGAUAACAACAUGAUGUCUGAGAUAAUGCAAAUGAUCUUAAAAUCUAUUGACUACGUGCCCAUUGCAGCAUUGAACGGAAAGAUAGCAGUAGAGAGAUUUACAACUUUUUUGAAGGAUGGUAUGUUCUUUGAUUUAGUGCUGAUGGACAUAUUUAUGCCUGAAAUGGGAGGUUACGAAGCAACUGAAAGGAUUAGAAAACUAGAGGAAGAUUUCCGCAUUCCCUUAAAAGACAGGCAUUACAUUUGUGGCUUCUCAGCUGAAGUUGAUGAAAGAACCACUGCUAAGAGUCUGCAAGCGGGCAUGAACGAAUUAAAGAGCAAGCCAAUGUCUAAGGAUGAACUAGAAAAACUUCUGAACAAAUGUAAAAGGAAUCAAAGAUAAGGCAUUGAUGAGACUCUUAUAAAUGUGGACUUACCAUCAAGAGAUCUAAUGCUAGAUUAAAGGGAUCUAACAAUUUUACCAGGUAGAGGAUUUAGAUGA